ACUAUAUGCUAAACAUAACGUAAUUUGAUAGUAUUGUGUUAUCAUCAAGUUUUGAAAAUUGUCCUUUAAGAAUAGUAUAACUUAUUGAAAAAAAAUUAACUAAUUAAUUAAAUAUUAGUAUUGAAAUUUUAAUCAUGAAAUUAAAAUUUGUUACUGCCAAUUUUUUAAACAAUAGUCUAUGUGCUGUUGUAAUAGGGACAGGAAUUUUUGAAUAUUCAGCUAAUACAUUUUUUAAUACUUACAUAAAAAAUUACAAAGAAGCAUACAAGAAUGGUAAACCAAUAGAAUUGAGCAAAAAUCUUCAAAAAAGAUAUGAUGAUGUUGUUAAAGACCUAAAAUUUACAGAAUUUCAGAAAGCAUUUUCUGUACCAUUUGUAGUUGAAGGUUUAAAACCAAUUAAUAUAGGUUGCUUGAAUACACGUAGUGGCUGUUACAUUGGCUUACCAAUUAAUUUUGACUAUAAAUCAGUUGAAGAUGUAGAAAACUCAUAUUUUGAAGAGUAUAUUCAACUAUUUAACUCUAACUAUGAGUAUAAAAAGCAAUAUAUGGAAACAUUAAUACUCAGUGAUUCUGCAAAAAAGUUUGCUAUUGCUAAAGAAAUAGUUCUUACAGAUAACUUUCAACUAUUUAUCAAGUCUAUUAUUUCUUCAUUAACUUUAAUUCCUGUGUAUGCAUUGGGAGAAUACAUAAUGAAGCUAAUAUCAGGAAAUCCUAUAAAAUUUAGAGGACUUGUAUUGUUUAUUUUAUGCAAUAUUGGAAUAAUAUUGUGUUUUUUUUUGCGAAAUUGUGUUAAAAACUUUUUUUUACAUGACGCAGAUUCAAUUGUUUGCAAAAUAAAUUCAGAAUAUAUUAAAGGUGGAUUAGAAUAUUAUGAAAAAGAAAUACAAAGAAAUAAAAUUUUAAGAAAUAUAUUACCAUUUGGUCAUGAAAUUUACUCAGAAAAAGGGGAUGAAAAAAAAUUUUUUUCUGAAUUGCCUCUUUCAUUUAGAAUAAAAACCCUGGAACAUUAUUUAAAAAAAAAAAAUGAAGACAAUUUAGAAAUUUUAUAAUAGUUAUAUUACAAAAAAUUUAAUAAAAUAAAUAGCUAUAUUAAAUAAUAUCUAAUAUAUAUAGUAAAAAAUAAUUAUCUAUUUAUAGUUUUACUGUGUAUUUUAUCAAAUAAUAACCUGACCAAAAAUUUAGUAUAAUUAUUGAAUACUCAUUUCAAUUGUGGAUAAGAUGAGAGGAAAUAGACUUAAAUGGUUUGGUCAUUUUAUGAGAAGAGAGGAAUUGGAAAUCGGUAAGAACAGUUAAUGAAUAUUAAGCGAUAUUAAGUAAUGAAUAUUAAGCAAGAAAAGGUAGAAGAAAACCAAAAAAGAGUUUGAGGGAUGUUAUUGAAUGCAAUAUAAAGAUGGCUGAUGUGAGAGAUUGCAUCAAGUGGAAGUUUAGGAUAAUGGUGGCCAACCCCAAGCAGUUGCGAUUAAGGGGAGGAAUAAGAAGAAGAUUGAAUACUCAUUUUUAAUAACUCUCUAUUAAUUAACAUAGUGCUUUUGUUAGAUAUAAAGUUGAGAGAAGGGCAAUGCUGACAUAGAUAAAAGCAAAAUAUAGAUUUUUAUACUAAAAAAAAAUAAAAAAAGACCCACUCUUGUAUAUCUAUUGAUAGAUCUAGUUAGAAAAAUAAAAAUUUAUUCACUUAAAGCACUAAGAUAAUUUUUUAUAAUUCAC